AUGCGGGUAUCUAGUAUAAACCAGUUACCGUUGGUUUCGUUAAAUUUGAUAGCACCGUUAUACACAAACAUAAAGUUUGAAAUUUAUAGCAUGACAUCCACUGGAAUUAACAUUGGAUUGGACGAUGGAGGGCGAAGCUCCAGCCGUGUAUUAAGGCCCCCAGGCGGAGGCCAUACGGAUAUUUUCGGAGGAGGAGAAGAUGUUUCGAAAGUCCGACAAUAUCAUGGGCGAAAUGCAUCUUCUAUAAUGGAAGGUACAAAUAGCCAUAAAGAAUCUGAGGGAAACCAAGUAAAAGUAAGUCCGUCUGAGCCGGCUCCGGUAAUAAAGAAUGAUCCUCCUGCUCCGGUGAUAAAGAAUGAUCCUCCUGCUCCAGUAAUAAAGAAUGAUCAUCCUGCUCCAGAAUCCAGGGCUAGUGCGCCUUCAGUUCCCCAGGCCAAAGUAAAUAAUGAUCCACCAGCUCCACAGUCCAGAGUCAGAGUUCCCCCUGGAGGCUUCUCAUCUGGCUUAUGGUGA